AUGCAACUAGUGAGUACCGUAAAGGGUGUAACCGCACCGCCCAAUGGUAACACACUCUUCUCAGACGUCUCGCUGCGCUCCCGUCGGCGUCCGGCCAAAACAAACGACGCCAAUAGCAACACCAGUAGUAGCUCCAGUCGCGGUCGAAUCAGCAUUGGCUUCCGUCGCAGUUCCAGCUCUAGCAACGACAGCACCAGCAGUGUUAUAGAAAAUCCACCCGCGCUAUCGGAGGCCCGCUCUCGGGCUGCAACCCGCCCAGUGCCUGCCUCCAUUCCGCCGCGUUAUCGUUCACGUCCACAGGACGUAGCUGUUCGUGGCUCUGUGCCGCUUGAUGCGGUCUCUAAGACAUCACCACCGCAUGUGGCGGUACGUUACGGGGACACGAUCCGCCUUUUUGCUCGCAGUAAAUAUGUGGGAGAGGGAGAUGACGGUGGUUACGUGGGUACAUUUGAACGCAACAAGAGGUUCCUCGCAUCCAAGAAUUUGCAGAAACAAAACGAACUGGCGUGUAUUCCACCCAUUGCUCCAUGCGGAGCAAAGCAGUUUAAACCGUCGACGUUCGUCAUUUUAUCGUUUAGUGGAUUAGGGGUCGGGACACCGGUGAGUUAUGGGGACGUCGUCGUGCUAGUCGAUGCAGAUGGACUAGUAUGGAACAACAAGAUUGGCGUCGGUCCUAGUACAAAGAAUGGCUGUUUUGGGCCGAAAGAAUCCAAUACACCGGGAGAAAUGUACUUGUCUUUCUACCAAUUACAGACAAAUACAGAAGGAGACGAUAGCAGCUCGGAAUCGUCCGAUGAUGAAGACAAUUUCUUGUUCUUUAGUAACUUGGCAAAGACUACGAAGAAUAUGACCGAGACUACGUUUGGAAAACCUACUCAGGUGGAGCUGCAUUUAGCAACGGCGGCGUUGCGGACGAUGGGAAAAGUGAUGUACUAUGGCGACCAGAAUCUUAUUAUUGACGUGGCUGAUUCGAAUCGACUACGAUCCAAGUUUAACCGUGUGAUUACACACUUAAGCAAGCAGCAAGAGUCGACACCUGUUCAAGGUGGUUUUUUGCGAUGCGAUGGUCGUGGUAAAACUAUCUUGUUUGAGAUGCACGGCCAGGAAUUAUCGACAAUUGAAUCAAUUCAAAUUCUAGACGAGAAAAAGAGCAAUGCUGACGGUAGCGAUGCGGGCAGUAGCAAUGCUGAUAUUGACAAAAUGAGUACGGAUGAGUCUGGGCAUCAUAGUGCUCGUCCUCGUGUGUUGGUCUCGACGAGAACUGACGUAGCGGUGGGUAGUCCACUUUUGUUGCAAGAUUUACGACGCUCGAUGUCUCUAGUACUGCGAUUCUCCGACGAUGGGCGAGUCCAAGUUCCAUGCCAGCGAUUUCUGAAGCACGAGGGUGUUGCGUUUUAUCGCCUGGUGCUCGGCGGAAAGCGCCCUAUGCGUGUUCUUGUUCGUGCCACACGCGCUGUGAGCCGAAAGAAGGUAGAUCUCCGUGGCACAUUGCGCGGCACGUAUCGGCAGAUUGUCAAGCUCUCGUGUAGUAUUAUCGUCGCAUACUUGGUUGCAGCUUCGGUGUUUACACACGUAUUUGGCUCGAUGGUGGUACUUCCUGCUGUGUACACAGGUUUAUUUGCUGGAAUAGUGGUCUUCUUAGUGGAAGUUUUCUUUCCAGGCACGGUGGUGACAGCACGGCAGAUUAGCCCAGCAGCUACUGAGAAACGGCACUCACGUGACUUUCUUGGUACCUGGAACUUCACCGUAUUGGCGCUUGAGGCAUCUGAAUCGGAACGUUUGGAAAAUACUGGUUGUGCGACAAAGUCAGCGCAGUUGGUGGUAUCGGUGCCUUCGGCUUUCUUGAUAGCCGAGAACGGGGAUGCUGUUACGGCAUUAAAGCGCUACGAGACCACACUGGCCUGGAGAAACGAGGUAAUGGCCGACUCUAUUCUGUCGAUGCCACAAACGCACUACAAUGCAAUCAAAGCGAACUACACGCAAUUUCUUCACAAACAUGACAAGCUCGGCCACCCGCUCUACUUCGAGAAAAUAGGCUCCAUCAACAUGCCUCAGCUCAAGAAAGUUGGCGUCACUCUCGAUACAUUGUUUAACCACUAUUUAUUUGCAAUGGAGUUCGCGCUCAAGUACGCUGCUCAUCAGAUUUGUCCAUGUGACGCAUGUGCUGCGAGCGAGACGCAAAAAAUGUGCAUCGUGCUAGACGCGCGUGGUAUCGGCAUGCGCGACAUGGGCGGUGAGGUGUUCGAGUUUGUUCGUCGGUGCACGGGUGCGAUGCAGCGCCACUAUCCGCAGCGGUCGUUCAAGAUCUUUAUCGUGAAUGUACCUUCAUGGUUCGGGAUGGCAUGGAAGGGCUUGAAGCCGCUUUUGAAUGAGGCGACUCGCGCGAAGACGAAUAUUUUGACGGAGAGCGAGACUGCUGCCGGGUUGCUGGAGUUUGUUGAUGCGGAGAACUUACCAGUGGAGUACGGCGGUACGUGCUCGUGCUCUGGUGGUUGCGCGACACAUUCUUCUUACCAGCUUCUACAGCGAGCAUUGGUUGAAAGCGUGUUAGAGAACAAGCCGUUCAAGCAGGACGAACUUGUUGAGGCGAUCGCACGUGAGCGGUCCGGAGAUAGCGGGCCGAGCAAUGUAGAAGAUGUAUCUGCCACGGAGAUACCUGUAUUGUUUCCGCCCUUACCACCUGGGACGGGACCGAUCAAGCGCGAGUCGUCUGCUACUGCUGUUUUUAAUCACCUUUUUCGGUUUGGAAGUAGCGGAGCUGUGGAAAGCUGUAUGCUUGACGGUGUCGAUGACGGAGGCUUUUGCCGAUCCAUUCCAGCUGGGUUCUUUGGGGAGGAAGUUAUAAAAGCAGGCUAUUUGCUGAAGCGUUCACUACGGCACAAGCAGUUCAACCCGAUUUGGCGCCGCCAGCUAUUUAUCCUUCAUCCGCAGUUCUUACGCUUUGCCAAAACUUUGGACUCAGAGAUCUACCAGAUUGUGUCAUUGUCUCACGACACGAUUGUGCAGAAGGCGACGAAGCAAAACAACAGCUUUGAGAUCAUCACGCCACUGAUGGCCGCUAACGGACACUCACUGCUGCUUUAUGCCCCAACGACGUUCGUACUGCACAGCUGGGUGGAAGCAAUUUCGGGAGCGAUCGACCAGCUGAAGCUCAUGACACCGCUGCCGGCAACAAGUCUCGAGCGGUCCCCAAUUGUCUCGUUAAGGGUAAAGCAGGAAGCCAGUCCAGAGACCGACAACUUGUCGACAUGUUUUGCGAAGACGACGAUGGAUACAACGAAGUGA